AUGUAUACGGACCGUACACUACUGCCACAAAAAAAAAGUUGCUCUUCUGAGAUACUUUUAGAAGUUAUGAGCAGUGGUGGUGGACGUGUUUGUGUGUUGUGUGUGUUGUGUGCGAAAAUUUUUAGUUUGUCGCUCUCUCUCUCUUUCUUUCUUUCUGUCGUGGUGGUACGCCGCCGCCCAACACAAAUUCUCUUUUUUUUUUUUUUUUCUUCAGAUUUCUGGAAUUAUCGGGACAUAGUUUUAAGAUCCCAACACAAAAAGACGCGAAAUUACCACCUGUAUACCACACGUACAUCAAGAGCAUAA